CACACACACACACACACACCUGGUUCUGCUGUGAAUGUUUGACUCGCGUGUUCGUGGACGGUUCACGCACCUGAGGGACCUGGAGGACGGGGCGACGGUGUGUGUUGUGAUGCUUCUUCUUCUUCCUCAUUUCUUUCCUGCUCUCAGUUUUGGUUCCUCCAGAAACUCGCGUGCUCUCCCCCCGCAAUGGCUCGCUUCGAAGACGAACUGUCCAGCCGUUAUGGAGGCGGCGGUCCCGCGGGCCCGGCGCGAGGGGCCAGCCGGCAGCCGGGGCCUCCGGGGGGCCAGAGGAUGUACAAGCAGACCAUGGCCCAGAGAGCCCGGACCAUGGCCAUUUACAACCCCAUCCCCGUCAAACAGAACUUCCUCACCGUCAACCGCUCUCUGUUCAUCUUCAGCGAGGACAACGUCAUACGGAAAUAUGCCAAAAAGAUCACGGAAUGGCCUCCAUUUGAGUACAUGAUCCUGGCCACCAUCAUAGCAAACUGCAUCGUGCUGGCUUUGGAGCAACACCUACCGGAGUCUGACAAGACUCCCAUGUCAGAGCGCUUGGACCACACAGAGCCCUACUUUAUUGGAAUAUUUUGUUUUGAGGCUGGUAUCAAGAUCAUCGCCCAGGGCUUUGCCUUUCACAAAGACUCCUACCUACGUAAUGGCUGGAAUGUAAUGGACUUUGUGGUGGUCCUAACAGGGAUCUUGGCCACUGUGGGGACUAAUUUUGACCUGAGAACACUGAGGGCAGUGAGGGUCCUGCGGCCGCUCAAACUGGUCUCUGGCAUUCCCAGUCUUCAGGUGGUGUUGAAGUCCAUUAUGAAAGCCAUGGUGCCUCUGCUGCAGAUCGGCCUGCUGCUCUUCUUUGCCAUCCUCAUGUUCGCCAUCAUUGGCCUGGAAUUCUACAUGGGCAAGUUCCACUACGCCUGCUUCAGGAACGACACAGGCGAGCUGACCUCCAACUCCCCAUGUGGUGAGAAGGCUCCAGCGCGGACCUGUGAAGAUGACACCACCUGCAAGUACUGGAUCGGACCCAACUGUGGAAUCACCAACUUUGACAACAUCCUCUUCGCUAUUCUCACGGUUUUCCAGUGCAUCACCAUGGAGGGAUGGGUGAACAUCCUCUACGAUGCCAACGACGCCUUAGGGAACACAUGGAACUGGCUCUACUUCAUCCCGCUCAUCAUCAUCGGGUCCUUCUUCAUGCUCAACCUGGUGCUCGGCGUCCUGUCAGGAGAGUUUGCCAAGGAAAGAGAGAGAGUGGAGAAGAGACAACGAUUCCUGAAACUCCGCAGGCGACAGCAAAUAGAGCGAGAGUUAACGGGAUACCGGGAAUGGAUCUGCAAAGCAGAGGAGGUGAUGUUGGCGGAGGAGGACAAGAACGCCGAGGAGAAAUCUGCGGACGGCGCUUGGUACAAACGAAGACACAACAACUCAGUGCUGAAAAGGACCAAGAAGAGCAAGAAUGACCUUAUCAACGCGGAGGAGGGGGAGGACCACUUCACUGACAUCUCAUCUGUUGGGUCGCCGUUUGCCCGGGCCAGUGUGAAGAGCAAGAACGAGAGCUCGUCUUACUUCAGGAGGAAAGUGAAGAGGAUUCGCUUCACCAUCCGUCGUCUGGUCAAGUCCCAGAGCUUCUACUGGACUGUGCUGUGUCUGGUUGGCCUCAACACGUUGUGUGUGGCCAUCGUACACUACGGCCAGCCUGACUGGCUCACCUAUGCUCUAUACUUGGCGGAGUUUGUGUUCCUGGGCCUGUUUUUGGUGGAGAUGUCCAUGAAAAUGUACGGCCUUGGACCCCAGAACUACUUCCACUCCUCGUUCAACUGUUUUGACUUUGGGGUGAUCAUUGGCAGUAUUUUUGAGGUGAUCUGGGCUGCCAUCAAACCCGGGGCCUCCUUUGGGAUUAGCGUCCUUCGAGCUCUGAGGCUGCUCAGGAUCUUUAAAGUCACCAAGUACUGGAACUCUUUGAGGAACCUCGUGGUGUCCCUGCUCAACUCCAUGAAGUCCAUCAUCAGCCUGUUGUUCCUCCUGUUCCUCUUCAUUGUGGUCUUCGCUCUGCUGGGCAUGCAGCUGUUUGGAGGAAAGUUUAAUUUUGAAGACAAGACGCCGACAGCUAACUUCGACACAUUCCCAGCAGCCAUUCUCACAGUCUUCCAGAUUCUCACUGGAGAAGACUGGAACGAGGUCAUGUACCAUGGGAUCGAAUCACAGGGAGGCGUCCAUGAGGGGGGAAUGUACUCCUCUAUUUACUUCAUUAUUCUCACUCUCUUUGGGAACUACACUCUACUCAAUGUCUUCCUGGCUAUUGCUGUUGAUAACCUUGCAAAUGCCCAGGAGCUCACUAAGGAUGCAGAGGAGGAAAUCAAUAAGAAACUUGCCCUUCAGAAGUCCAAGGAGGUAAAGGAGGUCAGCCCCAUGUCGGCCGCUAACAUUUCCAUCACAGCUUUUCUAACACGCAGUCGAGGUAACGCGCAUUCUAGCAGCUCAUCCAUCUGCAGCGUUAACUCACUUAAAGAGCAGCAGAAAACGGUGAAGCCGAUGUCUGUGUGGGAGCAGCGGGCAAACCAACUGAGGAGGCAGAACUGGGCAAGCUGUGAGGCUCUGUACAGCGAGCUGGAGCCCGAGGAGCGUCGGCGGAGCUCCUCUGUCAUCCGGCCCGAAAUGAAGACCCACCACGACCGGCCUCUGCUCGUCGAGCCCCACCACCAUGUGCCCUGUGUGCCUGAAGAGGCCGAUCCUGCGGCGGACCCUCCUGCGCCUCACCACCGCCGCCACCACCACCGUCACAGGGACCGGACCAGGACCAAGGAGGAGACGAAUGAUAACGGUGAGACUGGCGGGAGGCACCACGUCCAUCACAGCCGCUCCAAGGACCACAACGGCAGCCGCGGCAAAGAGGGGAAGAGCGAGAGGUCCCACAGCCGAGACGGAGGCAGGAAGCAUCACCAUCAGAGCUCAGUGGAUGAGAGCGGAGGAGGCGGAGUCACCAACGAGAGAGAGCACCAACAUCAUCACUCACACCGGUCCAGAGGCGGCAACGGGACGGUGAGUAGCGGAGGGAAGGGGGAGAGGAGAUCCCGUCACAAAGGGCGGUCCUGCAACAGGGAUGGAGACAGGAGUUCCAGAGGAGAGAGUGGUGCGAAUGGAGAGAAGAGUAGACACCUGACUCAUGGCUCCAGGGGACAGUCCAGAGUGGAGGGGGAGGAGCCUAACGACAGAGAGAAGACCCACAGUCACAGGGAGCGCUGUGGUGACUCUGAGGGAGAGUCGCUGGCCAUCUCUCCACAGCAGGGCUCUGCGGGCGGGAACUGGCCUCUGGACCGAGCAGAAGACUCCGACAACCAGCGGAACGUCCGGCAAAGCGGCCAGACGUCCAAUCAGCUUCCUCCUGUGACCGUCACCGCCCCACCGGGAGAGACCACGCUCAUACAACUGAACAGCAUUGACUGUGAGGCCAUGCCCAUCAAUGAGAAGACCCUGGAGGAUCUUGGUCAAACUGGACCCAAACCCAUCCUGCCUUACAGUUCCAUGUUCAUCUUUGGACAGACCAAUCCGGUGAGACGCUUGUGUCACUACAUUGUGACUCUGCGUUAUUUUGAGAUGUCCAUCCUCGUGGUCAUCUCCUUGAGCAGCAUCGCUUUGGCAGCAGAGGACCCAGUCUGGACAAAUGCCCCACGCAACAAUGUGCUUAAAUAUCUGGAUUAUGCCUUUACUGGUGUUUUCACAUUUGAAAUGGUGAUCAAGAUGGUGGACCUGGGCCUGCUGCUUCACCCUGGAUCCUACUUCAGAGACCUGUGGAACAUUCUGGACUUCAUAGUGGUCAGUGGGGCGCUGGUGGCUUUUGCAUUUUCGAGCUUCAUGGGAUCGCAACAAGGUGUGACCAGGGGGACCAAAGGCAAAGACAUCAGCACCAUCAAGUCACUGAGGGUUCUCCGCGUUCUCAGGCCUCUCAAGACCAUCAAACGGCUGCCAAAAUUAAAGGCAGUGUUCGACUGUGUGGUCAACUCUUUGAAGAACGUGCUGAACAUCCUCAUCGUCUACAUCCUCUUCAUGUUCAUCUUCGCCGUCAUUGCCGUUCAGCUCUUCAAAGGAAAGUUCUUCCACUGCACCGACGAGUCCAAGGGUCUGAAGAAGGACUGCAAAGGACAGUUCCUGCACUACGAGAAAGACGGGUUCACUGUCGAGCAGAGAAAGUGGGAGAAAUACAACUUCCAUUAUGACAACGUGCUGUGGGCCUUCCUCACGCUCUUCACCGUCUCCACCGGAGAAGGCUGGCCGACUGUACUGAAGCACUCUGUCGAUGCCACCUUCGAAGACCAGGGUCCCAGUCCAGGCUACCGGAUAGAAAUGUCCAUCUUCUAUGUGGUCUACUUUGUGGUCUUUCCUUUCUUCUUUGUCAACAUCUUUGUGGCUCUGAUCAUCAUCACGUUUCAGGAGCAGGGGGACAAGGCUCUGUCUGGGUGCAGCCUGGAGAAGAAUAAGAGAGCUUGUAUUGACUUUGCCAUAAACGCCAAACCUCUGACGCGCUACAUGCCCAAGAACAAGCAGUCCUUCCAGUACAGGAUGUGGAAGUUUGUGGUGUCGCCUCCGUUUGAGUACUCCAUCAUGAUCAUGAUCGCUCUCAACACGGUGGUCCUCAUGAUGAAGUUCCACGAAGCUCCAGACUUCUAUAAAGCAAUGCUGAAGUACCUCAACUUCGUCUUCACCACUCUCUUCUCUCUGGAGUGUAUCCUCAAGAUCAUUGCUUUUGGUCCACUGAACUACCUAAAGGACGCCUGGAACGUGUUUGACUUUGUGACAGUGUUGGGAAGCAUCACUGACAUCGUGGUGACUGAGAUCAAUACCAAGACGACGGACAGGCUGUUGAACCCGAGCUUCCUGAGGCUGUUCAGAGCUGCUCGGCUCAUCAAGCUGCUGAGGAAGGGCAACACCAUCCGCAUCCUGCUGUGGACCUUCGUCCAGUCCUUCAAGGCGCUGCCUUAUGUUUGCCUGCUGAUUGCGAUGCUGUUCUUCAUAUACGCCAUCAUCGGGAUGCAGGUGUUUGGCAACAUUAAGCUGAAUACUCAAGACACUGAAGACCCAGCCAUCGAUGAACAUAACAACUUCCGCACGUUCCUCCAGGCUCUCAUGCUGCUCUUCAGGAGUGCGACUGGCGAGGCCUGGCAGGAGAUCAUGUUGUCGUGUCUGAGCCACCAAGAAUGCGACGAGCGAUCGGGGUCCCGCGAGAGAGAGUGUGGCAGUGAUUUUGCCUACUUCUACUUUGUCUCCUUUAUCUUCCUCUGCUCCUUCCUGAUGCUGAAUCUGUUCGUGGCUGUCAUCAUGGAUAACUUUGAGUACCUAACCAGAGACUCCUCCAUUCUGGGACCUCAUCACCUGGAUGAGUUCAUCCGGGUUUGGGCCGAGUAUGACCCAGCUGCGUGUGGCCGUAUCAAGUACUCCGAUAUGUAUCAGAUGCUGCUCCACAUGUCCCCACCCUUAGGUUUGGGAAAGAAAUGUCCGCCAAGAGUCGCCUACAAGCGUCUCGUCAAAAUGAACAUGCCCAUCGCCGACAACAACAGCGUGCACUUCACCUCCACGCUGAUGGCGCUGAUUCGCACCGCUCUGGACAUCAAACUGGCUUCAGGUAUGUUAGCCCAGCGACUGUCUGACGCCGAGUUAAAGAAGGAGUUGUCCACAGUGUGGCCCAACCUCUCACAGAAGACCAUGGACCUGCUGGUGACGCCACAUAAACCCAAUGAGCUGACAGUAGGGAAGGUGUAUGCGGCCCUGAUGAUCUUUGACUGUUACAAGCAGUAUCGAGCGAGGAAGCCGCCGCAGCUGCAUCAGAACCCGUCAGACUCCCAGGAAAGUCUGUCCAAUGAUUCUUCACGAUACGUCGAUUCACGGUGGUUUAGAUCUUAUGAUUAUCAGGAGAAAGACCAGCCUAUGAUGAAAAACAGCGUGGAGCCUCCCAGCAUUCUUCAGCCCCAGCCCACAUCCCACGCCAAGUCCCAGCCACAGACCAGACCCAGCUCCAGCUCUCUCAACAACGGCGGCACACUGCCAGGUCACGACCACAACAUCAAGGGUUCUUUGUCCUGGGUGAUGGAGAAACCUAAGGACGUUCCCCGAGCCAAAAGCAAAAGAAGCAUGUCCAGAGGUCCAUCAGACGACGCGCCCGACACCGCGGUGGUUCAGGAGUCUGUGGAGAUGAGAAAGAUGGAGACCAGUAUCAGCAGCACAAUCCCAGCCCCUGGUGCAGGUUUGGAGAACCAGGGCAGAGCGGCCUCUAUGCCUCGACUCAGUGCUGAGCAGCAGUGGGGACAACCGCGACCCUCUCCAGGGAUCCACUUGGCUACCGUCCCCGACGCCAGCCCCAUGAAGCGCUCAGCCUCCACUGUGGCCCCACAGCGACCCCAGGAGGUCAACCUGAGGGACUACACCCUGGAGAAACCCAGCCAGGAGCGACCGCACCACCAUCACCACCACCACCGCUGCCACCACCGCAGAGACCGAGACAGAGACAGAGAGAAGAGACAGAGGUCUUUGGAUACGUCUCUGGGUGGACAAGCUGCAGGCUCUGUUGGUGCACCAGGAGAGCCAGCGUCAGACCCAGGUGCCCACAGAGAGCGAGCCCACGACCGCGGACGCUCCCACGAGAGGAAGCACCACCACUCGUCGGCCGACAAGCAGCGCUACUACUCCUGCGACCGCUUCUGCAGCCAGGAGCACUGCCACAGCAAAUCUGCCACUGCCAGCUGUGCCACCUCCCCCAGUGAGGGGCAGGAAACCGGCAACAAGCAGGGCAGUGGUUGGGUUAAAGGCAGCCCAGUGGCACUGAGUUCCAGCUCGAGCACGCCGAGCCGCGGACGUCGGCAGCUCCCCCAGACCCCCCUCACCCCUCGGCCAGGGGUGGCCUACAAGACUGCCAAUUCUUCCCCCGUGCACUUUGUGUCCAGCAGGGCCUCUCUGAGUCCUGGCCGGCUGAGCCGCGGCCUGUCGGAGCACAACGCCCUCCGACUCAGCGGCUCCCAUCACAUCCCCUGCCCCGUCGCCCGCAUCAACUCUGAGCCCUUCCUGGGCCGGGGCCCCGGCGAGGCCCUGGGCGGCCCCUACGGCAGCCUCCGGGACCAGCUGGACGUCUUCCAGGACGUGGCGUCGCUGUCGCCCAGCCCCUGUGCCGGACGCUCAUCUUGGACCGCACUGCCUCGCGUGAUGGGAGCCCUGCCUCCGGCUCCGCAGCAGAACCUUGGGGUGCCCAAUGGGUACCACUUCAGCUUCGGGGGCAACACCAGCCCAGGCUCUGGCGUCAGGGCAUCCAGGUAUUACCAGGAGUCAGAGGAGGACGAAUGGCUUUAAACCAACCUUUUUGAUGCGUUUUUGAAGAACUGUGAUGAGUUUUAUCAUCUUCUUUGAAGGCUUUAGUUUACAUUGUCACUGUGUGUGUGUGUGUGUGUGUGUGUUUAAUGCUGUAUUUGAAACAUGGAGAGCUAAGGUUAGGGAGAAAACUUGAAUGUGAACGGGAUCAUGAAGCAGAGCAGGACAUCAGACUCUGCCGUGAUCCUUUAUCUGCUCUGACGUGAGUGUUUUGUUGACGCCUCCAUGUAGACCCACAAACAGGCUGACGAUGAGUCCCAAGUGGGUUGGCCCCACCUGUGUUUGCCACACUUAGUACCCUUUCCAGGCUUCCUUGGUACUAAGUGUGGUAUUUGUGUCCGAUCCUCAUAAUUUAUUCACCUUUUCUUCUCACAUUAUUCACAGUUUUGUGCUGCGUUUAUGUGCAAAGACCGUUGGAAUGAACCACAACAGUGAAGCAUCAGUAAAGGUACAUGAAUUAACAUUACUUAAUGCUGUUGUAAGCAUUCACUCACAGUUAAUUAAUGUUCUAAUGAACCAUUUCUUAAUGUUAUCCAGGUGAAUGACGUCAUUAGUGCAUGUUUUCUGCAAGGUUCUGUAAAAGUGCUUUAGUUUUUGUUUCCCUUCACUUAUCAAUCCAGAUUAAAUCCAUAUUUCAUCUCCUCGAGGUUUAGAUGAGACACGACGACCCUGAGCCACUGAGUAGCAUUUACUAAUGUUAAUGAAUGUUAAUGAACAUGAGACUUUGUUCACGUGCGAGCUCAGCGUUGACGAACCUUUGCACAGACUCACCUGCUAACAUGAGAGCAUGAGCUGUAAUCUCAAGUAACCUGGGAUUAUAAACUCACACAUUCACCCUUUGCAUCACAUUAUAAAAGAGGGAAAUAUAUGCAAAAAAAAAAAGAUGUCAUUUUACAUUUGCUUCCCUCGCUUUGUUUUUUUCUACCAUUACAUUCGACAGUGAGUGUGUUUGAGUCGCUAUGGCGACGUCAACAGAAACCCAUGACUCAGCAGGUCAAGGAAACGGGUCAGAGGUCAGAGAGCCGUUGAGUGGAGUUUCUGGUCAAACCUCAAAGACAUAACGACACUGUGGUGUUCUUCAGUUCUCUGAUUAUGUCUAAUCGUGACUGACCCGUUUAUUUUCUUUGUUUCUGUUUUUUUGUAUGACAUGGGGGCGGGGACUAUGGCGUGUGUGUGUGAACUGCUUCUGGUUUGCCAUGGUUUCAGGUCUAAUGUUUCGUACGUACGGACUUCUUUGCGACGUUUUAAGACAAAGUGCCUAAAAUCUCCUUUUAGAUAAUACUGUAGAGAAACGAGUGGAAAAAAAGAUAAAAAAGAUGCAACGUCAGAUGUUUUCUAACGCGUCCUCACUUGAGUAGCGGUUUGGUUCAUGCUGUAUGUAGCGCUGCAGGAAACCAGAGCGACGCUAACCGACACUUCAGCACGCUUUAAAAAAAGAAGAAGAAGAAAGUGGAUUCUUUUUUUUUCUGGUUUUUGAUAAAAAACCGUGUGUAGGCGGAGCCUGAUGUGGGAAACUGCAUCCAUAUAUAUGUAUCUAUACAACGACACGUGCAUGUUUAGAUGGUAGCGCUGCUCACUCACCGACUGUUUUUCACAUGUUUUCUGGAAAUGAUGUCACAGUGGGACCUCCUGUCAUAUUUAACCUGCUCAGAUCUAAUCUAAUGGUGGGGAGUCCUCAUGGAGACCAA